AAGUACCACAAACACUUUUUCUCACACAAAAUCCAGAUAAAACACAAAACAAAUACAAAAAAGUACGCUUCAUGUGAUCACUUUUCAUUAUCCUCCGAGAGAAAGGGAACACAGUUUAGCAAACAAAGGUGGCCGUGACGUGAGUUUCUUUCGGUUCAGAGAGAGAGAGAGUUUUGGAAAUUUAGAGAGACAUGGUGGGACCAACUAGGCCUCAGUUCGUUCUCUUUGGAUCCUCCAUUGUCCAACUUAGCUUCAGCCAUGGCGGUUGGGGUGCCAUUCUUUCUGACAUUUAUGCUCGCAAGGCAGACAUAUUGUUGCGAGGCUACUUUGGGUGGAACUCACGACGUGCUCUCCAGGUCCUCAAUCAAGUUUUUCCAAAGGAUGCUGCCAUACAGCCCUCUUUGGUGAUAGCUUAUUUUGGUGGUAAUGAUUCAAUGGGGCCUCACCCCUCUGGCCUAGGCCCUCAUGUACCACUUCCUGAAUAUAUUGAGAGCAUGAGAAAGAUUGUGAUUCAUCUCCAGAGCCUUUCAGAGGAAACUCGCAUCAUUUUAUUAAGUUGUCCUCCAGUCAAUGAGGAAAAGAUUCGUGGAAACAUAAGUCAGUUUUUGAGUGAGCUAGUUAGAACGAAUGAGUUAUGCCAAAGAUACUCAGAUGCCUGUGUAAAGCUUGGCCAAGAAAUGGGUGUGAAGGUUGUUGAUCUUUUUACUGCACUUCAGAAAAGAGAUGAUUGGAUGGAUGCUUGCUUCACAGAUGGGAUUCAUUUAUCAGCUGAAGGGAGCAAGAUAGUUGUUGAAGAGAUACUAAAGGUGAUCAAGGAAGCUGACUGGGAGCCAUGUCUACACUGGAAGUCCAUGCCAACUGAAUUCGCAGAGGAUUCACUAUAUGAUCUUGUUGCCGCUGAUGGAAAGACAACAUUAAAUCCCUCAGAAUGGACUUUCUACAGGGAGCAUCACUGGGACUAAGACAUGUCAUUUGCCUUCAUCCCCAUGAAGAAGCUGCGUACUUGAAUUUGAGGAAUGAAGAUCUUGAAUAAGAUACUUAGAAAAACAAGUAGCAAGAGAGAAAGAAGGGGGAGGGGCUAUCAUUGUUGCAAUUAUUUCAUGUUCAAUUUAAUUUUUAAAGUGUAAAGCACACUUUAAACUGGAUUAUUUCAUGUUCAAUUUAAUUUUUAAAGGUCACAUUUUAAAUUA